UCGUUCUUGUAGUUUCGCAUUCUUCUCAUCCCUUCUCUGCGGAUUGAGAUAAACUCCCCCUCUUCUCCAUCGCUUUGUUUAUCAGAUUCCACACAGGCACAGCUCUGUAACAAUAGCCAUGGAAGUUGACCAGUUAAAGCCUGCAACAGAAGAUCAGAUGGACAUGGUGAUGAUGAUGCAGAUGCAGAUGCAGAUGGAAAAGUUCCCUCAACUCUACGGGGCCUAUAACGACGUCGUUGAAUUCCCUCAAACUGAGCUUGCUGAUCACUCUAGCAAUAGUACCUGCAGUAAUAGCAUCACUGGCAUGCCGCAUUUUGUUGGGAACCCACAGGUCGGUUUUUUACCCGGCCAAUUGAUAACCCUGCCAGCCACAGCCACAGCCACAAUUUCAUUCAAUGGUCCAACCCCAGAAGGAGGUCCAGGUUUCUCGUUUACCCCAGCAGUGGAACCAUUGUUUGGUACAGGUGCAAAUGCUCACUCCACAUCUCACCAAAAUAAGAACUCAGUGGCUGCAAUGAGGGAGAUGAUAUUCCGGAUAGCAGCUAUGCAACCGAUUCAUAUAGACCCUGAAUCAGUCAAGCCACCUAAGAGGAGGAACGUGAAGAUAUCAAAGGACCCUCAGAGUGUGGCGGCGAGGCACCGACGGGAGAGGAUAAGCGAGAGGAUAAGGAUACUUCAGAGACUGGUCCCCGGAGGAACCAAAAUGGACACUGCGUCUAUGUUAGAUGAGGCUAUUCACUAUGUCAAGUUUUUGAAGACUCAGGUGCAGUCGCUGGAGAGAGCUGGCACAAGCAGGCCAACCGGUUUAGGGUUCCCAGUUGGGAGUUUUCAUCCAAUGGGAAAACCAUAA